CUGGCAGGUUUAGAAGGCGGCAGUGGGCAUGGAUGAGACAGGAAGCKGGACCAGCAGCCUGCAGAGAAAAAAACCACCGUGGCUCAAACUGGACAUCCCGACCAUUCAGCUGACGCCGGACGACACGUCGCCGCUCAGUCAGCCAGUGAAGCGUGUGCGCAGCGUCAGCAUGCCAGGGGAAAAUCCACAGACACACACUGCUGCCUUGGAAACCUCCAACAUCUACCUCAAACCUCAACCAGAGAGAUCACCCUUCAUGCAGUCCGUCAAGAGUGAGAAAAGAGUGCGCUUUGAUCGUGUCAACACAGUUCCCCCAAAAGGCCAGAGGGGUUCGAUGAGGGUGUCAACCUGCCGUAGGAGGUCCUGCAUCCCCAAAAUACUGGCCAGACGGCGUUCGUCUAUACCCAAACAGAUCAUCAGGGGUACAGCUGACUGGUUCGGUGUGAGCAAGGACAGCGACAACACCCAGCGAUGGAGGAGGCGGAGCCUGCAGCACUGCAGCCAGCUGUACGGGGGUCUGAAGGCGCAGGUGAUGAGGGAGAUGGAGCUCCACAGCCAGGAUGAUCUGUCCUUAGCCAGCACUGAGACCCCCCCUCCCCUGUACCUCCCACCCCACCACCCCAGUCACCACCACCGUCACUGUGGCAUGCAGCGGAUCAUAGAUCCCCUGGCUCGGGGUCGUGCCUUCCGCACGGUGGAGGAGGUGGACGGUGUCAGCGUCCCGCAAAACCCCCUCACACCCAGCACCGGGUCCCUCUGCUCAUUGUCCAGCUCCCGCUCCGCCCUCAACAGGCUGCCAAGGCGACGAAAGAGGGAGUCCGUCGCAGUCAUGAGCCUCAAGGCUGCGGCAGCACUAAUGAAGGGUCGAACGUUAGGUGACAGCACGGCCGGUCGACGUCGCAGGCGGAGCUUUAUGCAUCCUAGUGUUUUUGACGACGACACUGUGGACUUCCCCGAUGAGCUGGAUACUUCCUUCUUCACCAGAGAGGAGCUGUCCAGUUUUGCUGAUGAUGUUUUUGAGACGCCAUCAGAGGCCGACCUCAAACAGCUGGAUGAGAGCGUGCUGACAGGAAGUGCGCUGGAUAGGAGCAAACUGGAGCYGAGUCAUCUCAUGCUGCCUUCAGAGAGAGGAUGGCGUAAAGCGAAGGACGGCUCGAUGGUCCAGGCAAAGGUUCGUCUAAAGCAGGAGGUGGUGAGUGUCAACAGCCAUCAGCAGCGAGGACAAAGAAUCGCCGCUCCUGUUAAAAAACUGUUUGCUCGAGAGAAGAGGCCYUACGGGUUGGGCAUGGUCGGUCGGUUGACGAACCGAACGUACCGCAAGCGCCUGGACAGCUUCGUCAAGAGGCAGAUUGAGGAUAUGGAUGAUCACAGGCCUUUUUUUACCUACUGGAUCACAUUUGUCCACCUGCUCAUUACCAUCCUGGCCGUCUCUAUUUAUGGUAUUGCUCCCAUAGGCUUUUCACAACACGAAACUGUAGACUCUGUGUUGAGGAAUAAGGGAGUUUAUGAAAACGUUAGGUUUGUACAACAACAGAACUUCUGGGUGGGUCCAAGCUCUGACACGUCCAGGGAUGCCAUCAGGCCCAGCAGCCUUCCUUGGGUUGACGGCCCGCAGUGUGCGCCUCACCUCGUGCUCCUCUACCACGAGGAGUGUGGUGUUGUGGGUCACUUGAUGUGUGAAAUCACCUCCAGAGAGUACUGCGACUUCAUGCAAGGUUACUUUCARGAGGAGGCCACUCUCUGCUCACAGGUGGCCUGUAUGGACGAUGUGUGUGGACUGCUGCCUUUCCUCAAUCCAGAGAUCCCUGAUCAGGUUUCCCGGCUGUGGCUGUCUCUGUUUCUUCAUGCUGGGAUCCUGCACUGCUUGGUGUCCGUGCUGUUCCAGAUGACGGUGCUGAGAGAUUUAGAGAAGCUGGCUGGCUGGCUGAGAAUCUCCAUCAUCUACAUGCUGAGUGGCAUCACAGGCAACUUGGCCUCCGCCAUCUUCCUGCCGUACAGAGCCGAGGUGGGUCCUGCGGGCAGCCAGUUCGGCAUCCUGUCCUGCCUGUUUGUGGAGCUGUUUCAGAGCUGGCAGAUCCUCGAGCGACCGUGGCGAGCGUUUGCGAAACUGUUCGCCAUCUCUGUCUUCUUCUUUUCCUUUGGCCUGCUUCCUUGGAUCGACAACUUUGCUCACGUCUGCGGUUUUGUGUCGGGGUUCUUCCUGUCCUUCGCCUUCCUGCCGUACAUCAGCUUUGGGCGCUCUGACAUGUACCGAAAGCGAAUCCAGAUCUGUGGCUUCCUGAUGGUCUUCCUGAGUUUGCUGUCCACUCUGGUUGUUCUGUUCUAUGUGUACCCAGUGAAGUGCGAGUGGUGCGAGUACCUCACCUGCAUCCCCAUAACAGACAAGUUCUGUGAGAAAUAUGACUUAAAUUCACACCUCCACUGAAGAUCUAUGGUUCUGUCAGGUGAGGAGGGAGGUGAAAACUGGACUUGGACCUGCUGAUCAGGAAUAUUUGCUCCGGGAGAGCAGAGAGCCAGGGUUUGUAUGAAGAAAGGCUGUGCAGGAAGGGCAUUUAAACAUUUAUUUGCACAGAACUAAGUAGAAAAAAAUGAAGUUUACUGAAAAUGAAUACUGGCUGACUGUGUGAGCCCGAUCACAUGGCACUGGAGGAAUUACAGCUGCUUUCUGCCAAUUUAUUMUGUAAAACUGGCUUCAUAUCACCCCCCAGUGGCCAAACGAGACAUUACAGGUUCAGAAUAAGAGGGGUUUUUACAUAUUUUAAACAAAGAAUCAAAGCUCCAAAAUGUUUAAAUGUGCCUUAAAGACACACACAACCACUCACAAACAGAUCAGUCAAACUCAAGUAAAACUAUUUUUUCUUGCAGUGUUAAAGGUUGUCUCUAUUUGUUUACAACUCUGGAAACUUGUCAGCAGCAGCCUUUUCUAAACUUUACUCACAAAUGAAUUUUUCUUCUUUACAUUCAUCCUGUAAAUAAAACAUCUGAKGGUUAAACCUGAAUAACUAUGAA